AGGGGGGAGCGGAGGGAAAAUUAUCCACAUCCCGAAAAAUGACCAAGGAAACCCUCUUCCUGAUGCUCCUUGUCCAACUGUUGGCUCUUUAUGUUACAGAUUCCCAGCUCGCUGUGUCUCAGGGACCCCUCGCCAAGACGGCAAAAGUCGGAGAGACCGUCGAAUUGGAGUGCCAUCACAGCUAUGCAGUCGAGUUGGUUAGCAGCUAUUUCUGGUACAAACAGACUGUAGGUGACGUCCCGGUGGUAAUCAACAUCACCAACUGUGAAGGGUCCGGUUGUAAAUUUAUUUCAAAAAAAGGUCGUAGCGAGCGCCUGCUGGUACUGGAAAUUCGCAACGUCCAGGUGGAUGACUCUGGGACCUACUACUGUGCUGAUAGGGAUGGCUAUGCUCCACUCCGAAAUGGACCAAAACUGCUUGUUGGAGACAGUUCCACCAACAAGACGUCUGUCUUAGUCUUCGUCCCGCUGUCUGUGCCUGCCCAGAAUAGCACCGUCCCCUUGGUGUGUCUCGUCAGCGGCGUCUCUUCCAACCAGAUUGUCAUUUUCUGGAAUAUUUCCGGUGAGGUCACCGAGGGGGCGAGCGAUGUCGGGAAGAAGGAGCCGGACGGCACCUGGAACAUCACGAGUCAGGUCACAGUGACGAGUGAACAGUGGACAAGCGGUGCCCUCUGUUCUUGUGUUGUUCAACUGGGAGAAAAAAUCCAGACAAAGAUUGUGUCCUUCACCGAACAGGCAGUAUCAAGGAAAGGUGAGUUAUCGAGGUGCACGUUCUGUGGGGUUAUAGACCCCCAGUUUCUGAAAACUGGCAGUCCACCAAUGAAAUACCUCCAUCAAGCAAAGGAAUAUAGAUGGGUUUAUGGAUUAGAGUGUGCGUGA